CGAUGAUUCAUGUCGCGGAGAUCAUAGUAUUAAUGUACAUGCUGUGAUGGGAAUGGGUGGGGCAAGAAGGUGGUAGUGAUAGCGAUGGCUCGCAAAAUGCCGAGCCUGCCUCCCCACGGCUUUCGCUUCUCCCACCCCUCCCCCGCUUUCCUCCCCCUCCUCUCUCCCAUUCUACGCCAGCGCGUCCAGUUUCUCGGCUCCGCCACCACGUCCCCGACCGAAUCGUGGCUUCGACUGCUUUGCUGGGAUGCGGGGAAGGCCGAGCACCUCCAGAGGGUCGUGGACGGCACCGAGUUCGAACCCCACCCGGUCUCGGGCGAGAUCGAGAUACACGGAGAGGUCCCCAUCGUAUAUAAGCGGGUGGACGAUGAAACGCUCCACUCGCGCAUGGUUCUACCGGACUACGGGUUGAUCGCGGUCUAUCUCUGGUGCCCGAACGACCAGGAUGGAGGGGGUCCCGGGUGGCGACUGGCCGAGCUUCUGCCCGAGGAAGGCAGCGGGGGUGACAAUGCCGACUGGUCGCUGUCGAUCGGCGAAGCAAAGACGCGAUCGCAGGAACAGCUGGUGGAGGAUGCGUUGAGAGCUGCGGAGACACGCGAACCAAGUGCCCCACCGGCCGCGGACGAGCAAAAAGAGGAAGACGAUGAUGAUGAUUAUUGGGCUCAAUACGACGCCACACCGGGGAGGACCCCCGCCGUCAAAACGCCGGCUCCCAACCCGGUCUCGUCGCUGCAGCAGCAGAACGCCUCCGAGGCCUCCUACUUUUCUCGCUACGCCGACGUCCAGCCGGCUUUGGACAACCACGACCCCGAGGAAGAACAGCCCGAAGUCGGACCGUCGUCGCUGAAUGGAGACAUGCUGGCCAGUCUCCUGAAGCGACAGAUCAACGGCUCUGGGGCCGACGGGCCUCCUCCCGUCGCGAACGGGGACAGCACGAUGCCGUUGAACCACCCGCGACCGUCGUCGACGCCGUCCAUGAGCUCGGAGGCGGUCUCCAAGCUCGAACAGGAGGCGGAAAACCAAUCAUCCGGGGAGAUUGCUGUCAAACAGCAUAUCAGCUCGAACCUCAAGAGCUUGUUCCGAUUGGCGAAAGCCACGGGGAUUUCGCGGACCGAUUUCCAGUCCCUGGUUCAGACGGAACUGGAGUUGUUGAACGUGUCCGAUCAUGAUUGAUGACUUGCAUUUUAUCUUCACCUUAUUGUUAUCAUCUAUUUUUGAGUUUUUCUUAUUGGUCUGAUUAUAUUUUCUUGGGAUAUUCAUUUGUUUGAUGUGUCAAGUCCAUCUGUAUAUAAUUGCAUGUGGCUGCGGCGUAUUGCGGUACGUUUCUUCAAUACUAUAUCGGUACAUAUAGAUAAUGCAUGGGAUCUUGGUUUGG